AUGGAGUCCAGUACAAAUAAUGUGACUGAGUUAAUUUUCACUGGCCUUUUCCAGGAUCCAGAGGUGCAGAGAGUGUGUUUUGUGGUGUUUCUUCUUGUGUACCUGGCCACAGUGGUGGGCAAUGGUCUCAUUGUCCUGACAGUCAAUGUCAGUAAGAGUCUGCAUUCCCCCAUGUUCUUCUUCCUUAGCUACCUGUCCCUGGUGGAGAUCACUUAUUCCUCCACUGUAGUCCCUAAAUUCAUCACAGACUUACUUGCCAAGAUUAAAACCAUUUCCCUGAAGGGCUGUGUGACUCAGAUAUUCUUCUUCCACUUCUUUGGGGUCACUGAGAUCUUUCUGCUUGUGGUGAUGGCAUAUGACCGCUAUGUGGCCAUCUGUAAGCCUCUUCAUUAUAUGAACAUUAUGAGCCGUCCACUGUGUCAUGUACUGGUGACUGGCUCCUGGCUUGGUGGCUUUUUUCACUCCAUUAUACAGAUUCUCAUCACCAUCCAGUUGCCCUUCUGUGGUCCCAAUGUGAUUGACCACUACUUCUGUGAUCUUCAGCCAUUAUUCAAACUUGCUUGUACGGACACUUCUGUGGAGGGGGUUAUUGUGUUGGCCAACAGUGGCUUAAUUGCUCUGUGCUCCUUCCUCAUCUUGGUGUCCUCCUAUAUUGUCAUCCUUUUCAACCUGAGGAAUCAUUCUGCAGAGGGGAGGCGCAAAGCUCUCUCCACCUGUGCCUCUCACAUCACAGUGGUCCUUUUGUUCUUUGGACCUGCCAUCUUCCUCUACAUGCGACCUUCCUCCACCUUUACUGAGGAUAAACUGGUGGCCGUGUUCUACACAGUUGUCACUCCCAUGCUAAACCCCAUCAUAUACACACUCAGAAAUGCAGAGGUGAAAAUUGCCGUGAGGAGGUUGUGGGGCAAAAAGAACUAA